AUGGAUAAUUUACCUGAGAAAUCACGACCUACCUGGAAGGCUGGAAGGCAGCGCCUUUUCGAUCUACACGACACCUUCUCGGACGGAGCCGAUAUUCCUUUCUUUCUCAUUUAUAAACAUCUCCACUCUCCUCUCUCAACUCUCUCUCUCUCUCUCUCUCUCUCUCUCUCUCUUCUUCAUCCACUAAACUACAGCAUGAAUCACUUAUCCUACGCCGUCAAACACGGCGCCGCUGCUCUGUUCCUGAUCCUACUCAUCUCGUCGGAAGUCUUAGCUCAGCCUGCUAUUCCUUCCGGUGACCCUUAUCCCUACCGGCAGAAGUUCAGCCCCAUGAUGGCGGUCAUCAUUGUUGUCCUAGUCGCCGCGCUCUUCCUCAUGGGCUUCUUCUCCGUCUACAUCCGCCACUGCUCCGAGCCCCAGUCCGGCAGCGUCCGCGUCGGAGGUGUUGCUACCGGCCGCUCCAGACGCGGAGCUGCGCGUGGACUCGAAGCCAGCGUGAUCGACACGUUCCCGACGUUGGAGUACAAAGUCGUCAAGGGGUUGAAAAUAGGCAAGGGAGCGUUGGAGUGCGCCGUGUGCUUGAACGAGUUUGAAGACGACGAAACGCUGCGUCUGAUUCCCAAGUGCGACCAUGUGUUUCAUCCCGAGUGUAUCGACGAGUGGCUGGCUUCUCAUACUACCUGUCCGGUUUGCCGCGCCAAUCUAGUGCCUCAGGACGGUGACCCCGUCGUCGAGCUCGGUGAGUUGACUCCCCAAGACGACGUGGAAGCCCAACACGAGGACUGUGACUCGGCCGCGCCGGACCACCACAACAGUGACGGACAGCGGGAAGAAGUAGAACCUGAGGUGUUGAACGUGAACCAGACUUUGAAUAGGAACCGGGCACGUGGCGGCUCAAGAUCAAGCAGGUUCCGUCGGUUGUUUCCCCGGUCUCACUCGACCGGGCACUCACUGGUCCAACCGGGCGAGGACACGGAGCGGUUCACUUUGAGACUACCGGUCGAGGUGAGGAAACAAAUCAUCAACCGGGAGCUACACCGGUCCACUAGCGUGCUGGUGUUGCCCCGAGAUGGGAGUUCAAGGCGUGGCCCUCGAAUGGGGGACAGUGGUAGCAACAAUAGAGUGAGGAGCUUUAAGCGACUCGAGCCGUUAGACCGGAAUUUUAAGUCGGACCGGUGGGUGUUUUCUAGGGCUCCGUCGUUUUUAACAAGGAUGUUGUCCAUGAAGUCGCCAAAGGUGGCGGCUAACGAUGGCGAGGGACCUUCCGAUCAGCCAAGUGAACCGGCUUUUACAAAAAGCGGUUCAGUUCGACCACCGGUUUGAUGUAAAUUCAGAGUUCCUAUUAAAUUUAUUUUCUUUAUUGC